ACGAGUGUUUUGAAUUUCCUGGAACGUAGGAAAUAAAUUUACGCCUAUUAAAACCCGCUGCUCGGGGCAUAUCGAGCCAAUUUCGAUCAAAUCCCAGGGAUCGCUGGACUUAAGGCAUUAUGGAGAAUGUUAGCAGCGCAAACACGCAGUUCGCCCUCGACUUCUACCGAGAGGUGUGUUUGACCAGCGGCAACAUCAUCUUCUCCCCCCUGAGCAUCAGCGCGGCGUUCGCCAUGGUCUACCUGGGCGCUAAAGGGAACACGGCGGCUCAGAUGGCGAAGACUCUAUCUUUCAACAUGACCCCUGACCUCCACUCAGAUCUACAGAAGUUUAUUUCCAAUAUUGACAAACCUGAUGCCCCUUACCAGCUGACACUCGCCAACCGUCUCUAUGGCGAAAAGACCUUCAGCUUCCUGAAAGAGUUCUUGGACGCGACACGGAAGUUCUACCAAGCUGAACUGGAGCCGGUGGACUUCAUAGGCGCAGCAGAGGAAUCCCGCUGUCAAAUCAACCAGUGGGUGGAGGCCCAAACCAAUGGUAAAAUUACAGACAUGUUGGAUCCAGCGGCAGUUAACGACACAACAACACUGGUUCUUGUCAAUGCCCUGUAUUUCAAGGGAGAAUGGCAACAUGCAUUCAGGCGAUCUCAAACGAGGGAAAUGCCCUUUAAAAUCAAUGAGAGGGAGACCAAGCCUGUUCAGAUGAUGUAUUUGCAAAAAGUAUUGCCAUUUAAGCAUAUUGAGGAGUAUGACCUGCAGAUAGUGGAGAUGCCCUACAAGGGUGAUGAGCUGAGCACAUUCAUCCUGCUCCCUGAGGGGCCCCAGAAUGGCUCCAACCCCCUACAGAAGCUGGAGAAAGAGCUGACCCUGGAGAAGAUAAUGGAAUGGACAGACCGGAAGAAUAUGGACAGCGGUGGUUACAUUGACUUGUACCUCCCAAAGUUCAAGCUGGAAGACAGCUAUGACCUGAAGGAAGCCCUGACUCAUCUGGGCAUGACGGAUGCGUUUGAUGAGAACCUGGCAGAUCUGACUGGCAUAAACAGGGAGGGCGGCCUCUUCAUCUCCGCUGCUGUUCACAAGUCCUUCAUAGACGUGAACGAGGAGGGAACUGAGGCAGCAGCUGCCACAGGAAUCUCCAUAAAGCUGUGUUGUUUGAUCAUAGGGAAAGAAUUCAUGGCCGAUCACCCUUUCCUCUUCUUCAUCAGACACAACACGUCCAAGACAAUCCUCUUCUUUGGCCGAUUUUCCUCUCCAUGAGAUCCAUUUCAUAUUUACGUACUGCCAAAAAUAUUAGUCCAUAUUCCAUAUAUUGAUUGCUUCUAUCACCGUAGAAUCUACACUUGAUUUUGUGAGUAAUUAAAAAGUUUUUCUAAUAGUGCACAAAUUAGCUUUAAUUAUUUGUAAUCCAGCUUUAUUAUUGUGGCUUAAUGUGUUGAUCCAAUUUCUGACACUGACUGACAUUAUAUUAUGUCCAGAUACUUAGAUGUAUAACCUGAAACUUAUCUUGUGGAGCUUGUAAUUAUACAUAAAAAGGCAAAAUAUAUAAUUUCCAAUUGUCAAUAAUAACUUGUUCCAUAGAUAAAAUAAAUUCUUCCUUAUA